CGCUCCGGGUUGGGGGAGGCUGGCGACGUCUGGAGACCCCUAAGGUCCCUUCUCUGGCCAGAGGGGAGGCACUGAGUCCAGAGAGGGGAUGCCUCAUUCCGCUCCCGGUUUAUGAGAAAGGAUCGGAAUGCGCACGGACAUAGGAGUCCCGAUGGGGGACUGGGUAGGGCCAGGUUUCUGCCACUCGGGAGGCCAGUUUAACCAGUCGGUUCCGGGCGGAAGCUGGUCGGGACAGUGGGAGCUCGGGCUCCAAGUGGCAGGGGCGGCCGACACCUGCGGGGUGCUGUCAUUAAUCCCAGGCCAUUCAAGAGCUACUGGGGCUGAAUGGUCAUGGGGGAGACCAGUAGAGAGGAGUAUAAAAUCCAAUCUUUUGAUGCAGAGACCCAGCAGCUGCUGAAGACAGCACUCAAAGAUCCAGGCGCUGUGGACUUGGAGAAAGUGGCCAAUGUGAUUGUGGACCAUUCUCUGCAGGACUGUGUGUUCAGCAAGGAAGCAGGACGCAUGUGCUACGCCAUCAUUCAGGCAGAGAGUAAACAAGCAGGCCAAAGUGUCUUCCGCCGUGGACUCCUCAACCGGCUGCAGCAGGAGUACCAAGCCCGGGAGCAGCUGAGGGCACGCUCCCUGCAGGGCUGGGUCUGCUUUGUCACCUUUAUCUGCAACAUCUUUGACUACCUGAGGGUGAACAACAUGCCCAUGAUGGCCCUGGUGAACCCCGUCUAUGAUUGCCUCUUCCGGUUGGCCCAGCCCGACAGUCUGAGCAGGGAGGAGGAGGUGGACUGCUUGGUGCUGCAGCUGCACCGGGUUGGGGAGCAGCUGGAGAAGAUGAAUGGACAGCGCAUGGAUGAGCUCUUUGUCCUGAUCCGGGAUGGCUUCCUGCUCCCAACAGGCCUCAGCUCCCUGGCCCAGCUGCUGCUGCUAGAGAUCAUUGAGUUCCGGGCAGCUGGCUGGAAGACCACGCCGGCUGCCCACAAGUAUUACUACAGUGAAGUUUCUGACUAGGUUUGGCUCCGUGCUUGCUCACUGCAGCACCGGCCUUUACUCCACCCUCCUCCCAAGAUGGUAAGAUAGCUGCCUCUUCCAAAGGCUUUCCCUUUGUAGACUUCCACAUCUCCCUGCUUAUGCCAUGGUCCUCCCAUUCCCUUCCCCCACGCAGAGGUUGGGGGGACACCAAAUGGAUCUGCUCUCCCUGCUCAAGACUGACUCCCUUUCCCCACAGCUCAACCAGCUUCUCUCCUAUCAUCUUCCACCUGGGUCAGUCACAGAAGGGUGACUCCUAAUUAUUGUACCCUACGAUAACUGGCGCAACAGUACCUUUGUGCUCAGUUUCCCCAUCUGUAAAAUGGGUAAUCACAGACAUCAGUAGGAUGCUUUGGGAUGUUGAGGAGCACAGAGCACAACUCACUGCAGAAACUGCUUUUUAUACAUUGUUGUAUAAAAACCACUGUGGAAACAAGCCUAUAUCCUCCAAUCAGUUUUAAUGAAUGGUAGUUCUUAUAUAAUGUGUUACACUAGUUAAGAUUAAAGAUUUUCUAAUAGUUUCUGA